GUAAUCAGUUACAGGUUAAAGACUCAGACAGGUGAGGACGAAGACAGGUGAGGACGAAGACAGGUGAGGACGAAGACAGGUGAGGACAAAGACAAGUGAGGACGAAGACGAAGACGAAGAUGAAGACGGAGCUUUUUGUGCUCGUCGCCGCACUCGUCUGCACUGCCUCAAAGCCGCUGAGCAAGGCAGCGCAGAGGAACAAGCUGCUGCUGGUCUCCUUCGACGGCUUCAGGUGGGACUACGACCAGGACGUGGAGACGCCGCACCUGGACCAGCUGCUGCAGGACGGAGUCAAGGCCAAGUACAUGACCCCCCCGAUGCUCACCAUGACAUCACCGUCACACUUCACCACCAUCACCGGCAGAUGGGUGGAGGACCACGAAGUGGUCCACAACAUGAUGUUCAAUGCCAAGACGAACCAAAAAGUUCCUCACAAACAGACUCUGACCAGAUCGGAGUGGUGGGACAACGGAGUUCAGCCGUUAUGGAUCACAGCUCAGAACCAGGUGAGUCACCGAUCAGCAUGAUUGAUCACAGGAGAAUAUACCACGAAUAUACCAUGAACAUUAGUUUAUUUUCUCUAACCAACGUACAAAUACUCA